GAGGGGGCGGAGCAAAAGGGGGUGCGUCCUGUUCUCUCGGCCGGUGGGGGCGAAACCUUAGCUCGCGAGAUUUUGCCCGUUCCGCAUUUCGGAUCCGCGAAGCUGGGGAGGCGGAGGGCUGGGCGGGUACCGCGGUCUGCUCCGGCUCUCAGCUGCUCGGAGCCGGGCUCGGAGCAACGGCGGCCGGGCUUCCGCGUCCGCUAGCUGAGGCCCGUCGGCUCCCUCUCGCCGGCACCGCAGCCUGACCGGGACGGGGGCCAGCGGCCCCUCCCCUCCCCCUUGAGGACCGAAGAUGAGCUUCCUCUUCAGCAGCCGCUCUUCUAAAACAUUCAAACCAAAGAAGAAUAUCCCUGAAGGAUCUCAUCAGUAUGAACUCUUAAAACAUGCAGAAGCAACUCUAGGAAGUGGGAAUCUGAGACAAGCUGUCAUGUUGCCAGAGGGAGAAGACCUCAAUGAAUGGAUUGCUGUUAACACUGUGGAUUUCUUCAACCAGAUCAACAUGUUAUAUGGAACUAUUACAGAAUUCUGCACUGAAGCAAGCUGUCCAGUCAUGUCUGCAGGUCCGAGAUAUGAAUAUCAUUGGGCAGAUGGCACUAAUAUUAAAAAGCCAAUAAAAUGUUCUGCACCAAAAUACAUUGACUAUUUGAUGACUUGGGUCCAGGAUCAGCUUGAUGAUGAAACUCUUUUUCCUUCUAAGAUUGGUGUCCCAUUUCCCAAAAACUUUAUGUCUGUGGCAAAGACCAUUCUGAAGCGUCUGUUCAGGGUGUAUGCCCACAUUUAUCACCAGCACUUUGAUUCUGUGAUGCAGCUGCAAGAGGAGGCCCACCUCAACACCUCCUUUAAGCACUUUAUCUUCUUUGUUCAGGAGUUUAAUCUGAUUGAUAGGCGUGAGUUGGCACCUCUUCAGGAGUUGAUUGAGAAACUUGGAUCGAAGGACAGAUAAAUGUUUCUUCUAGAACAGUUACUUUCUUACUUUAUCUACUGCUAGAGUUAUUAUUUCAUUGCUAUCUGUUAUAGACUAGUGAUACAAACUUUAAGAAAACAGGAUAAAAAGAAACCCAUUGUCUGUGUCUAUUGACAAAAUCAUCCCAAAGGCAGGGUGGCGCAAUAGCUUAAGGAUGCAGCCAAAUCAUAAGUACUGUGUGGCCACUCCUGCUGUUGUCACAGUCAUACUUCUUUGUAAUAUGUGAUGACUAACCUGUAGUUUACACGUUUACGUAUUAUUCUUUUACUCAAGAAAAUAAUUGAGCCUGUUUCAGGUGACAACAUAGUGGAUACUAAGAGUUUCCACCAAUAAUUUAUUAACAAGUUUCCAGAACAAAUUUCCUAAUAAUACAAUCAAAUCGGUUAUUCUUUUUUUAUGAAUAGAAAAGGUAUUUUUAAGUUUCCUUAAGAUUUAGAACAUUUGUGUCACUUUGGAUAAUCUUUUAGUUUCAAGUUUGUAUGCUAGUGUUUUUAAAGAUAAGAUAUAUGUAU